AAACCGUAAAGCGUAAACAAAGGAGAUCUUGAUAUCAACAGCAUGAAAUUCUGACACUGUUCUGACUUGAUGACGGAAGUGAAAACAAAUCUAGUUUGAAAAUUAACAUUUGUUUGAAAGCAAACAAUCCUUACGUUCAACAUGGAGAAGUAUGAAGUUUUGGGCUUGGCCGGCGAAGGUUCUUUCGGUCGCGUGUACAAAGCAAAGCAGAAGGACACGCAACAGUUUGUUGCCUACAAAGUCAUUAGUAAGCUGGGGCGUUCAAAAAAAGAACUAGACACCUUGAGACAGGAAUGUAAAGUACAACGGAAUUUCAACCAUCCAAACGUAAUACAGAUGAUAGACUCGUUUGAGACGGAUGGAGAUAUUGUUGUUGUUACUGAAUUUGUUGAUAAACAACUUUACGCACUCAUCAACUCCGAGGGGCCUAUGCCAGAGGAGCUAGUGCGGCAAAUUACAUGCGAUUUGGUCUCUGCUCUAUUCUACUUGCAUUCCAACAGAGUUCUGCACAGGGAUUUAAAGCCGCAAAAUAUUUUGAUUGACGCCUUGGGCAAGGCAAAGCUAUGCGACUUUGGUUUUGCGCGGCACAUGGGCCGCGGGACAAUGUUGCUUACCUCAAUCAAAGGGACACCACUCUACAUGGCUCCUGAGUUGAUUAAGGAGAGUCCAUAUGACCACAAUGCAGAUCUUUGGUCCCUUGGGUGCAUUGUUUACGAGCUCUUGAUCGGCGUUCCUCCGUUUAAAACCUCCAACGUGAUGCAUUUAGUUCGACUUGUACACAAUGAGCAGAUCAAAUUUCCCCAGUUUGCGUCUCAGGAUUGCAUUUCCUUCCUGCAGGGCCUGUUGCAAAAAGACCCCAGAGAACGAUUGACUUGGCCAGACCUGAUUUACCAUCCUUUUUUGAAGGGAGAUGUGCUUGUUCAGCAAGAUUUAGCUGCAUCCCUACCUCCUCUCACUGAGCCCCUGUCUGAUUCGCAACAGCUAUUUAAGGAAACGCAACGGCAAAUUUUGCUAGACAGACAACCUAGAGGUUCAAAACUGACAAAAUUCGUGGAGUAUUUCAAGCAGAAAGUUUCUCUUGAAGAAGGCAAUGUUAAAACUGUAGACGGCGAGCCAAUGCAGAUAAGUCCGAGCACGACUCCAACCCCGGACAAUCCUGCCAACUCGAGUUCGCAACGUGUGCACACCAGCAAAUCCAGAGAGAAGAAAAAGAGCAAGAGCUUUGAGCCUAAAUCGCAGACGGAAGAAAGUGAGAGCGACGAAGAGAACCAAGUGCAAAAUUUUGAGUGGCUGGACUAUUUGCACCGCAGCAUGGAGGAGGUCUUCAAUCACGACCUUUCGUGCGUCUUCAAACCGCCUUUGGUGAAAGUUGCCACCUCACCGUUGCUCAAAAGAAAUUUCUCGCCGCAAGUGUACAAUUCUGUGGCGUGCCUGUUGAUAUUGCCCUUCAUAACGGAAGACAGGAAUAGUACUAGACUGAAAACCUUGCUUGAGUCGUAUGCAGAGUCAAAUGUGGUCGAUCUACUGGUCCAGGGCAUGUGGACCUUGCUGGCCAAGAAGAAAUCUGAGCUGGAUGAGUUUGAUUUGGUGAAGUCAAAACAACUAAGCUCAGAGCGGCUGUUGGCGAUCGAAAAUAUCAUCCUGUUGCUGAGCUACCUUGUCUACAAGCAGCCCUACCCAAAAGUGGACAUUUUCCUGAAUCAAUUCUGCAACGCGGUGAAAUCGAGAGGCUCUUCGUUUGCUUUGGUGACCAGACACCUGCUGACCCUGAGCAAAAGGAGACCAAAAAUUGUCUCAGACACUCUGUCAAUUUACAACCACAUAAUCAGAAUUCUCCCCUCUCAGUCCUUGGUUGUCUUGGAGGCGAUCAUUGGAAAUAGUGCCACUAAAGCAAAAGAAAAAAAGCAAAUCGACCUUGGGAAAUUCUUGGAUAGUCCGAACGCAAUGCUCCGUUUAAACACCUGUGUUCUUAUCCGCUAUUUGACUCGCAAAUUCGGAGCCAGCCCGUACAAAUACUGGGAUGAGAGCAUUAAACAAAAGUUGGUGCGGAAUGCCAAGGAAGACACGGAUCUCAAAGCGAAUGUGGCAGCAGGACUUGCUGUUGAAGUAAUUAAGAAACUGGAUCUCAUUACCUCAGCGUGAAACAAUGUAAGAGAAUAAAAAGCUGAGCAUUUUCUUGUAUAUUG